CCGAGGCGGGCGGGCGCGCCGGCCUCCCGCCCCUCCUCCGGCGGUCACCUGGGGCCGGGAGCGACAGGUGCCUGGGCGGUGUCCUCGCCGUCGUCUGGUUGGCGCCCGGCGCCGGGGAUGAGCGCGAGCCGGGAGCCGCCGCGCCUCGGGUGACCCCAGGAGGUGCCUGCAGGGCCCGCCCCAGCAUUCCGGAGGCAACCACCGGGACCGGCCUGCGGAGGAAGGCCUAGCUGAGAGGAGACGUGCUGGCUUCGCCCCACCUUUUGACUCCGAUUUUAUUCACAUGGCAUUUUGGUAUGCCAGGAACCAAAAGUAAGUAAGACAGUAAAACUGAAAUAAAAUAGGAAGAUCGUCAGCCAAGAAGGACCGUGGGAUUUGAAAGCAGAGGGAUGGAAAGUGAAGUGAAGCAGUGUUUUAUCAUAUGUAUUUCAGCAGACCUUCUGAAAUUUAACUAAAACUAUGACUGCUCUUUCUUCAGAGAACUGCUCUUUUCAGUACCAGUUACAUCAAACAAACCAGCCCCUAGAUGGUAACUGUCUAUUAUUCUUGAUUAUACUUGGGAAAAUAUUAUUAAAUAUCCUCACACUAGGAAUGAGAAGAAAAAGCAACUAUCAAAAUUUUUUGGAAUAUUUUUGCAUUUCACUAGCAUUCAUUGAUCUUUUACUUUUGGUAAACAUUUCCAUUAUAUCCUAUUUCAGGGAUUUUGUACUUUUAGGCAUUAGGUUUACCAAAUACCAUAUCUGUCUAUUUACUCAAAUUAUUUCUUUUACUUACGGCUUUUUGCAUUAUCCUGUUUUCCUGAUAGCUUGUAUAGAUUAUUGCCUGAAUUUCUCAAAAACCACCAAGCUUCCAUGGAAGUGUCAAAAAUUAUUUUAUUUCUUUACAGUAAUUUUAAUUUGGAUUUCAGUCCUUACUUAUGUUUUAGGAGAUCCAGCUAUCUACCAAAGCCUGAAGGCACAAGAAGUUUCUUCUUAUCAAUGUCCUUUCUACGUUAGCAUUCAGAGUUACUGGCUGUCAUUUUCCAUGGUGAUGGUUUUAUUUAUGGCUUUUAUAUCCUCUUGGUCAGAAGUUAUUGCCUUGGUACAGGCUGUUAGGAUAGCUUCCUACAUGAAUGAGACUAUCCUGUAUUUUCCCUUUUCAUCUCACUCUAGUUAUACUAUUAGCUCUAAAAAAACACUCUUGCCCAAGUUCAUUAUCUGUUUUCUCAGUACCUGGUCACCAUUUGUACUACUUCAAGUAAUUAUCCUCUUACUUAAAGUACAGAUUCCAGCAUAUAUUGAGUUGAACAUUCCAUGGUUGUACUUUGUCAAUAGUUUUCUCGUUGCCACAAUGUAUUGGUUUAAUUGUCAAAAGCUUGACUUAAGAGAGACUGCAUUACCUGUGGAUCCAUUUGUCAACUGGAAAUGCUGCGUCAUUCCAUUUACAAUUCCUAAUAUUGAGCGAAUUGAAAAGCCUUUAUCAAUAAUAAUUUGUUAAUAUGAUGUCACAUUAAAAUUAGAACUUACAUCUACAGUAAAAACCAUUUUAUAAUGAUUAGUCAGAACAUAGAAAGAAUGAACUGAAGCUUUCCCUCAACUUUCCUAUCUUUUCAGAAUGUGUCUUUUGGGACUAUGCUAUUGGGUUUGUUUGUUUUUUUAAAACAAAAUAAUUCCAAGAAAAAUGUUUAUACCUGUUCAGGAAAAAUGUAUGUUACAUAUAUUAAUACAGAAGUGAACUGAGUUUAACAUUUGCUUACUGAUGUUUGUGUUGCAUACCCUAAAAACUGUGUGCAAACUGUUAGGUAUGUCUGAAAUUUGCUGCCAACUUAUGAUAGGAACUUAAACAUUUUUAUUAAAUUCAGAGCAAGAAAAUCAGGAUCAUUUUCUUAGAAUGAUUUGGUAUAAAUAUUCUUCGAUGUAAGGAGAAGAUUAGCUCAAUUUAAAGUUAGCCAAUUUUUUAAAAUAUUUUUAAUGCACAUAUUCCUGGAAUAAAACUUUUGGUUGCUUACUUAUGGAAUUGGGGGUAGUGACUAAGAUCUCUUCCAUGACAUACCAGAUUCAUUUUCAGUUAUAACUUACAUGUCAUAUACUUACAUGUCAGAUCAUAAUCACAUGGGAAAUGUAUCACACUGUAAGGUGGGGUUUCUUAUCCUCAGCACUGUUGACACUUUGGGUUGGAUAUUUCUUUGUUGUUGGGUAAGGCUGUCCUGCAUAUUGUAGGAUGUUUGGCAGCAUCCCUGCCCUCUAGCCACUGGAUUCCAGUAGCACUUCUCUUUCUCAGUCACAACAAUCAAAAUGUCUCCAUACAUUGCCGAACUGCCCCUGCUAGGCACAACUGCCCCGUGUUGAGAACUACUAAAGAAAAGCAAUCUAAAAAGGCAGAAUAAUCUGAUGUCAUUUGGUUAAUUAGAGUAUGAGAAUAUUCUAAUUAACUGCCUAAUCUGUCAGUUUCUAAACUUGGCCCUUCUACACUUCUGUGUGACUUUUCCCCUGAAUGUGUUUAUUGCUAAUUGGCCAUAGCAUGGGACUGAGAUAUUUUAAAAUAUACUUAGUAAAAAGUAGCAAAGAUUUAUACUCUGUGUAUUUUAAAUCAGGCAAAUUUAUAAGUAUAACUAUUUCAAACCCUGUUAAGCUUUUUGUUUACUUAUGAGUAUUCCCCUGCCUCAUAAGCUUAAAGAAAAAAAGAAAUUAUUCAAUAGACCAGCCAAAUGGAAGAGGCUUUUAUUUAUAAAGAAAUGAACUUACAACUGGUCUACAAUAUAUUAUUGUAAUAUAAACAAAUAUAAAUAAAUGAUCCUGUAGGCCCACUAACCUUCCAUCCAGACCCACACAAAGCAAUAUUACAACAAUAUUCUAUGUGAAAAUGUGCAGGUAACAAAGGUGCAAUUACAAGCAAGUUUAAGCAGCAGAGUAUAAGGUGCUUUAAUUUAACAGUUAAUGUUGCCAUCAACAAACAUAUGAAUGCUCAAUUUUACUUCACUGAAUACAGACACAACAAAUAUGAAAAUCUAAAAUUCAUACACAUGCUACUUGUUAAUAUGAAAGUGCUUUCUCCUUUUAAAAAAAUACACCAAAUGGACAAUCUUUUUACAUAGAUCAUGGUGUGCUCUUCUAAUGCAAAAUUAACUUUAUUUUAGGUCAUACAUUUUAAAACUGUAGCUAUAGACACCAAUCUAGGAACACUUAUGCUAAUAGUGCUAAAACUAUUUCAUUUCCUGUAAGGAGGACUCUAAUACAAUAUCCAAUGUAAAGAAUACAUCUAUAUAUACUCUUAACAUUUGUUUUUCGUAAAGAUAAAAAAAAUGUUCUCUCUCCCCUUGGUGAUGUUUUGUUCAUCCUGGGUGGACAGCUUUUGAGGUUUUAAUAAUAUGAAAGUCUUAUUUUAGAACAAUUGGAGGAACCAAAAAGAAUUUUAAAAAUCCGUUAUGUGAUUGAAGCAUCAAAAAUUUUUAAAGUUUACUAUAACAGUUUGCUUUUGUUAAAUCAACAACAAAACAUUUUUAACCAAGAAGACAGAAAGCACUAAGAGGUUUGAAAUGCCUGCCUCUGUUGUCAGUAUCCAUCUUACAUGCUGCUGUCUACAACUCCAACCUUCUCCACAGGCUCACUCCUUAAUAUGAGGAUAGUUUUUGAGUUUUUUGUUCUACUGAAAAAAAAAAAAGACCAAGCUUUUGAAUGAGGUGAUUGGCAAUCUAGUUAAUUAAA